CACGCCAAUUCAUGAUCGGUUCGACCGCGCGCCGUCCAGCCUCCCUCAGAAGAAAACCAUCUAUACAAGCGCAGGAGCCGGCCAUCGGGGCUGAGAUCAACGGAUAGUCUAGGGGUGGAGUUUCUCAAGCCCCUACAUCUAUAUAAGCAAGCAUAUCCAUCGUUCUGUAGCGCGCAAGAGCAUCGUCGAUGUAAUAUAUAGUGCCAGGUUAGAUCGACUACAUAGCCGCACCAAGUUGGCCCAUCCAUUGGCCAGCGGGCUGCGAAAACCUCUUCACACAAAGUCGAUAAUAAUCAACCAAUGGGGCGCCAGCAGGCAGUCAAGUCACGCGAUGUACACCCUCUAGUGCCACCAGGAUUUAUCGAAAAUCUUGGGGUAUCGGAUGGAAUAUGCCUCAUAGCACUGACGUGCAUACUGGCCAGCUGUCUAGUCAAUUUCCAAGUGUCUCAAUUAAGCGAUGAUGGUUUUACCAACAAAGAAUAUAGUGAGUUGGUAACUGGCACAAUGGAGGUUGCCAUCUCCGUCCCAUAUAUAGUUGUGAAAUCGCACGAGUGCUUGUCCAAUCUGCGGGUGCAGAAGUCAUGGAUCACAUGCCGUCCUAAUGUCCAGAUUUUCAGAGACACAUUCAUUCUUGUGCUGAUAGCUUACGUGAUAUUAGUGGACAUCAGCUUGAGCUUCGCCUGGCUGGCCAUCUUUCCUGCCAUAGCCCUUGUUUUCAUACGAGCGAUGCACCUCAAGUUCAGUCGGCGUACAGGGGGCAGCAGUCGUAAAGUUAAUCAAGGAUCUUCUAACGUCGCUGAGACUAAAAUGAAAACUAUGGAGGUUGGGAUCAUUGUGAUGAUGACGCUGGGGGCGCUACUGCUUAUGGACCAGCUUCCAGACCAUGCAGCUGCCCAGUUCACCAUCUCACAGUUCCUCCUGUUCCUAAGCUGCACGGUGGCGGCAUUGACGCGCAUGGUGAUGAAGCUGCCCGCUGGCGCCUCACCGGGCAUAGCACUGGCGACGGAGAUGCUCCACAAGACCUUGCUUCUCCUCCUGCUGGCGACGGCGCACACCGCGGCCGCAGAGUGGCUGGGCGAGGAUGUUGUUCUGCUAUGCUUGCCGGAGGUCAUCCCUGUGCUUCUCUGGUUCAGCCUCCAUCUCGACCGUAAACCAGGAAGCAGCUCCAUCAUCAGCGUUGACAAGUUGAAACCACACAGAAAUUGGUUCAUCUUCCUCGGUGCAAUGGUGGUAGCUCCUCCUUUUGCUUACCUGGCCAACUCCAUGGAUGAAGUUGGGCUCUCCGGCUGGUCUACGACAUUCCAGGUGUCAUGUGGCGUCUCAGGGAUUCUGAGCUACUACCUUGUGUUCAUGCUAAGUCACUGGCCGAAGAAACAAGUAGCAGCUGCUGGCAAGGAUGGUGGGGCUUCCGGUAUGCUCAAAUUAUGGGCAUACGCUUUACUCAUAGCGGCGGCUGCGUCCCUGCUGCUCAGGUGUCUGGUUUCUGCCCGGCUUGGUCUGCAACUACCACUGCAUGCAACGGUUAUAUAUGUUAGUAAUGCUUUGGGUUUUAACUACUCAAAUUAGUAUAAUGAUCUUGUUGUGUACCAUAUCCAGUGUUGUGUUGUGUUUGUAAAAUACACGCGGUGCUGUAUGUGUGUGUACACUGUACAUACAUGCAUACAUAAUUACAUAUACGGCGGCAUGUAUGUGUGUCAGUUUGCAUGUUAA